GGCAGAAAAUAUCGACACGGGCAGUCUGUCUUUGUUGGUGUGCACAGAAUCAUAUAUGUAACCUUACUUUCGUGGAUUUCUGUUCUACUAGAUUUGGCGGAUUUUCUCAAUCCUAGAAUAUCUAUCGAUCCCUCGCUAUGAGGUAGAAAUGUGACGAAGUGCGCAAUGUGGUUAAAAAUCCAUAUUUUAGUUAAAUAGUUGGUUUUAAACCAGUGACAGGUAGUUGAUGGUUCCUUCUAGCCCCUAUUCUCAAGCUACAAGGGAUAUACGCUAUAUAGAUUCUACCCCAACAGAACUAAAUCAUCUACAUUAUGAUUAGAUUGUGAAAUAUAAUAUUUGUAAACGGCGGAGGGAUUACAAAUAUGGCAAUGCCGGUUCCUACACCGCAUAAUAUGAUUCCUAAAAGAAGAAUGGACGACGAGGAAAGGAACGAUUUGCGCGGGAAAAUCAUUGCGAGAUUGAACGAAGACGAAGAAACAAAAUGUCCGCUUACAUCACAGAACUUAGUGACAUGGUGCCUACAUGUAACGCGCUCGCGCGCAAACCGGACAAGUUGACGAUCCUUCGGAUGGCGGUGGCGCAUAUAAAAUCCCUGCGUGGAAUCACAAAUACCCCGCCUAACGAUGGUACUUACAAACCUUCGUUUCUAACCGACAACGAACUGAAGCAUUUAAUCUUGGAGGCCGCCGACGGUUUCCUAUUUGUUGUGAGCUGCGAUACAGGACGAAUUAUCUACGUGUCGGACUCCUUGACACCCGUCCUCAACCACGCCCAGGGCGAUUGGUUCGGGGCCAGCGUGUAUGACUACAUUCACCCUGAAGACCAGGAGAAGGUUCGAGAACAGCUCUCCACGACUGAAUCUCAAUCUAAUGGCCGUAUCCUGGAUUUAAAGACAGGAACUGUCAAGAAGGAAGGAUCACAGAGUGCAAUGAGGCUCUGUAUGGGAUCCAGGAGGGGUUUCAUCUGCCGGAUAAAGGUUGGAAAUGUAUCCCCUGAGUCCCUGGGGUACUUGAAUAGAGUCCGACAGCGGAACUCCCUGGGCCCUAGCAGGGACGGUUCCAACUUCGCCGUCGUACAUUGUACAGGAUAUAUUAAAAACUGGCCCCCACAGGGUAUCCAGAUGGAUAGAAGUGGUGAGGAUGAGCUCCAUGCCUCUAGUUCAUGUUGUCUGGUUGCUAUAGGUCGUCUUCAGGUCACCUCAAGCCCCAACGCGAGUGACUUGAACAACGCUGAGAGCGCGCACGAGUUUGUAUCCCGGCACGCGCUCGAUGGCAAGUUUACGUUCGUGGACCACAGGAUCAUCAACAUUAUGGGGUUCUCACCCCCGGAGCUACUCGGCAAGUCCUGCUUCGACCUUAUCCAUACCGAGGACCAGUCCCACAUGAAGGAUAGCUUCGAGCAGGUGAUCAAAAUGAAGGGCCAAGUGUUUACCUUUAUGUACAGAUUUCGAGCAAAGAACGGCGAAUGGGUUUGGCUCCGUACUUCCGCCUUCACCUUUGUUAAUCCAUAUACUGACGAGAUAGAGUACAUUGUGUGUACCAACAGUCCCGCCAAAUCUACCGGUGUAACCGCCGCGGCUGAACCGCUUUCCAAUUCUGAUUACCGCCACGCCGCUGCAGCUCCUGCCGCCGGCGGGUUAGACUAUAGUAUUCCGGGUGGACGUCAGGAUAUGUACGGCGGGCAGGCGGGUGUUUAUAGUUAUGAUCCUACUCCAUCACCGGUAGGAUACGGGUCACCGGGUCAAGGACUUCAACCGGUUGGAGGAGGAAGAGGAAGUGUAGGGAAGGCAAGUGGUUCACCUACUCCGCCACAGUCUGCCUGGCCCCAACCCGGAUCCACACCUGGCCCGGAAACCUACCCCUACGGCGGAAUGUCUCCGUCCCGAAGUCCUGGUGGCGGAUAUGUCCGCCCUGGUGUCGCUGCAGUUCCACCUCCGGGAAUGUGGCAGUGGCAGAACAAUAACGGGGCGGGGGAACUGAGUGCCACGCCUACAACAGAGAGUGUAGAUAUGCUGGGCAUGCUUGGUCACGCCCAGCCAUCUUAUGAAACUCUUGGUUCUAUGUUUACGGGGCAAUAUCAAUAGUUGGGCCACGCCCCCAUCUAGCUAGUAGCAGUGUGUUCUAGUGACAAAUAAUAUAUUUAGUAACAUAAAUAUUAAAACAUAACAUUCAUGGAAACGGCAGACCGCACUUUGCAGGAGAAAUCUGCGAAAUCGUGAAAACGGCGGGAAAAUUUAAUUUGGCGGAUUCCCGGAAACUGGACAAAAUGGCGUCGGAAUUGUCACGAAAGUCGAUUUAAAGUUUUGAAAUUGUAAUAUUUAAACCGCUGAAAUGUUCUGUGAGAAAAUAAUUUUUAAUCUGUUUGUAAAAACACGAAUUAAUUGCUGGCAGCUUCCGCCAAGCACCAUCAUUGUGUUAUUUCUUAUUUCUGUACAGCUGUACAUCCUUCGCCAGUCAAUAAGACUAUGUACAAAGAUUAUGUACAGUUUGUUUACUCCUAAAGUUGGUUCUUAUUUAUUUGAUUUUAGAAAAAUAUUAAGUUCUGAAUUAAAAGUAAAUGUUCUAGUUUUAUCUCUAUACCGUCAUAAGAAUGGAUUAGAGCAGAGAAUAAUCAAUACCCCCUCCCCCUUUCUCCUAACUCCCCUCCCCCUCUUCCUUCUCUUGUCUCGUCAACUCUUUGAAUGUUGAGAAAGAUAAAGAUUUUCUAAAAACUAUUAAAAGUCAUGAUGGUUUCCUCUGUUUCAGGGCAAAAUUCUGCUCCCGCAAAAUAAAAAAAGUUAAGUUUUUUCAAGGUUAAAACACAUUUUGAUUUUGAAUAAAAUUGUGAGGUUUACUCAACCCUUGGCCAGGUGAACUUUAGUAGACAAAAACCGCUAUAUAAGCGAACAUACUGUCCGAUAAUGUUUUAAGCUUUUUAGAUUUUUCAUUUCAAGCUAUUAUUUUUCAACAUUUAGACCUUUAACGAAAAGAAGCUUAAUUUAUUUUGCAAUAUUUGCACGAAAUCUAAAAAUCUUUAAAAUGUUAUCGGAACCUCUUCUUAAUUUCUCGACAAAUUUCCACAUUAUACUCGGGGUUAUGAUGUUAGGACAUUUAGAAAAAUUUACAAACAAUUUUUUUCUCCACAAAUAUCAUCUAAAGCUGUUAUCACGAAAUUUCCGGAAACGGGGGGGGGGGAUGGGCGUGGUACUCCGGAGGGGCGUAUUUUUUAUUCUCUUUUAUUGUAGUGUCAGUAAAUAUCAAUGAGAAAUAAAAACGAACAUAUCCUUAGUAAUUUUACGCAAAAUUUACGCUCUUUCGAAGCCUUGUCUUUUUUUAUGUAUUUUGUGAUUCUUGAGACAUUGUGUGUUUCGAUGAAAUUUAGUGAUAUUAUUCAGAUAUUAAAUAUUAACGGAGAGUAGAAAAAUGCACUUUUUAAUUCUUCCUUUUUUCGUAUUCUCACCGCUGCGGUGCGUUUUAUUUGUUGUUUUUUUUCAGUGGUAAUUUUGUUCUAGUUAUUUAAUUGUUCUGUAUCAAAGGUAUACUUUUUAGACCUCAUCCCGACUACCAGAGAAAUUUGAUUUCUAAAAUUAAAGGCUCGGAUGAGAUUUAAAAUAUAUAUUUUUGUUCCAAAAAUGCCAGGAAUACGUAUUCUCUGUAUACAUCCUCCAGCGUAUAUUUCUAUUUCAAAAAUAAAUAAUUACAACCUCAAA